GACAUCAUCAGUCGGAAGAAGGGCAUGUGAAGAGAAUAGUUUUUCCGGUGUUGUGAAAACGCGCCGACUGAUUCACAGGGGGUGAGUUGGAGCUGAUGGGGGACGAAAAGGAAACCUGGAAAGUGAAAACAUUAGACGAGAUCCUCCAAGAGAAGAAACGCAGACGAGAGCUGGAAGAGAAGAGCGACCCCAAGAGAAUCAAGAACGCAGAUGAUCGGGAACUCAAACGGGACACUCCGGAGGAAGGAGAACUUCGAGACCACAGGAUGGAAAUAACGAUUAGAAACUCACCCUACGCACGAGAGGACUCCACUGAAGACAGAGGAGAAGAGGACGAAUCUCUGGCCAUCAAACCUCCACAGCAGAUGACAAGAAAAGACAAGAACUACCACCGAAAAGAGGAGAAGAGGAAGGACAAGAGGCGGCGCAGGAGUCACUCUGCAGAGGGAGCAGAGAAACACCUCCGCACGAAAGACAAAGAGAAGGAGCGCGAGAACGAGAGGAGGAAACGACAGUGGCAGGAGGACAACAAAGCUCGCCAGGAUUAUGAGCGCCAGAAGCGCAGGGAUCAGGCCAGAGCUCAUUCCCGCAGAGAGAGGUCAGACACACUCACACAAAGGGAUCGUCUGGAGCAGCUGGAGCGUAAGCGGGAGCGAGAUCGUAAGCUGAGGGAGCAGGAGCAGAGAGAGCAGCGGGAGCUGAAGGAGAGAGAGAGGAGAGCAGAGGAGCGACGCAAGGACAGAGACACACGCCGUGAUGUGCCCGUGUCCCAUCACCGAGUGGCUCCUGCUGAGGAAUACACAGAAAAAGCACGUUUACGACAGCGCAGCCGCAGCCGAAGCCCCGUCAGACCGCAGAGAGAGACUAAAGCAGAGAGCAGCGAACCACGCAGAGCUGUGCGCGAGGGGAAGGUGGAUAAAGAUCCUCUGUCUGAUCUGCAGGACAUCAGUGACAGUGAGAGGAAGACCAGCUCACCGGAGUCUUCGCUGGGUUCAGGCUCUGGAUCUGAGGCUGAGGAAGAUGAGGAGAAUGAGGAGGAAGAGUCCAGCAGUCAGACUGAAGGAGAUGAAGAGGGCGAGUCGGGGUCCGAGUCUGAGGGCUCCGAACACAGCGGAGGUGCACUGAGUGAUGAAGAGCCGUCCGAGGAGGAGGAGGAGGAGGAGGACGAGGAAGAGGAGCGCGAGAACGGAAACCACAUUCCUCCUGUUCCAGAGUCCCGCUUCGACCACGACUCUGAGGUGAGCGCUGAGGAGGAAGAGGAAGAGGAAGUGGAGGAAGCAGCAGACGUGACUCCGCAAUCUCUCGCACCAUCCAACACACCUGAGGAACGCUACAUCCCCGAGUCUCCGUCGUUGACUCCUAUAGAGCUGAAGAAGGAGCUGCCCAAAUACCUGCCCGCACUACAGGGCUGCCGCAAUGUGGAGGAGUUCCAGUGCCUGAACCGCAUAGAGGAGGGCACGUACGGCGUGGUCUACAGAGCCAAAGACAAGAAGACAGACGAGAUCGUGGCUCUGAAGAGGCUGAAGAUGGAGAAGGAGAAGGAGGGAUUCCCCAUCACAUCCCUGCGAGAGAUCAACACCAUCCUGAAGGCCCAGCACCCCAACAUCGUCACCGUCAGGGAGAUCGUGGUGGGCAGUAACAUGGACAAAAUCUACAUCGUGAUGAAUUAUGUAGAGCAUGACCUGAAGAGUCUGAUGGAGACCAUGAAGCAGCCGUUCCUGCCUGGUGAAGUGAAGACGCUGAUGAUCCAGCUGCUGCGGGGUGUUCGUCAUCUGCAUGAUAACUGGAUCCUGCACCGCGACCUGAAGACCUCCAACCUGCUGCUGAGCCACAAGGGCAUCCUAAAGAUUGGAGACUUUGGUCUGGCCAGAGAGUACGGCUCUCCACUGAAGCCCUAUACACCGGUGGUGGUGACGCUCUGGUAUCGCUCCCCAGAUCUGCUGCUGGGGGCAAAGGAAUACUCCACUGCCGUCGACAUGUGGUCAGUCGGCUGUAUAUUUGGAGAACUGCUCACACAGAAACCCUUAUUCCCUGGAAAAUCUGAGAUCGAUCAAAUCAACAAAAUCUUCAAGGACCUGGGCUCUCCGAGUGAGAAGAUCUGGCCGGGUUACAGUGAGCUUCCUGCGGUGAAGAAGAUGAGCUUCACUGAGUAUCCCUACAAUAACCUGCGCAAGCGCUUCGGUGCGCUGCUGUCCGACCAGGGCUUCGACCUCAUGAACAAGUUCCUGACGUACUGUCCUGCCAAGCGCAUCAGCGCAGACGAGGCUCUGAAACACGAGUACUUCCGCGAGUCUCCGCUGCCCAUCGACCCCUCCAUGUUCCCCACCUGGCCGGCCAAGAGCGAACAGCAGCGCGUCAAGAGGGGGACGAGCCCCCGAGCACCAGAGGGAGGACAGGACUUCAGCCAGCUGGGUGACGAUGAUCUUAAAGACACAGGGUUCCACCUGACCACAGCCAAUCAGGGCGCCUCGAAGGCCGGUCCAGGGUUCAGCCUCAAGUUCUGAGCUUUGCUGGAUUAUUCUGACGCUCGCUGAGACUCAUUCAUGAGGACGAGCGGCAGAAUCACACACUCACACACACACACAGACUCUGCAGAAGCGCGUGUGUGUGUGUGUGUUUACAGGAGCUCUGCGAUUCUCUCGCUGUUCUGCUUUGCUCGCUGCUGCUGUCCCAGAGCAUGCAGCAGAUCACAGCGUUUCAGCAUGGACGCUCUUAUGUUGUUUUCUCUCCCUCUGCAGUUUUAUUUAGGAGUAGGAUGAUAUUAACCCUUUCUGCGGAGACGUGUGCAUCUCAAUAAAAACAUGUUUUCUGAAAA